AUGCGUGUCAUUGUCGCGAUAGUUACAGCGUUCCUGUUUGCUCUGGCCAGAGCUCACAACGAACUGCUACCUGCCCGGGGCAAGUCGUGCUUCUUUGAGGAUCUGCGCGCCAACGACGUUUUUGGCGUCACUUUCCAGGCUGGCACCCGUGAUAGUGGCUCCAGCGACCAGCCGGAGAUCAACUUCUACAUCAAUGACCCGAGUGGCCGCCCUGUUCACCAGACCUUCAAGGCCACAGACGGUAUGCCAUCCGUUACGAUCCAGACUCCUGGCCGCUACGAGUUCUGCUUCAGCAAUGAGGCUUCAGGCUCCAAGACGAUUGACGUCACUUUCCACACCGUUCUGCACAAGGCUAGCGAGCGUAACGAGGCCACCAUCGAUACCAUUGAGGGCCAGGUGAAGCUGCUUGGCCGCACUAUGGACGAGGUUCAGCACGAGCAGGACUAUAUUGUCAUCCGUGAGCGCGUCCACCGUAAUACUGCCGAGUCGACUAACGACCGCGUCAAGUGGUGGAGCAUUUUCCAGCUUGCCGUGGUGUUUAGCAACACCGUGUUCCAGGUCAUUUUCCUCAAGCGCUUCUUCGAGGUCAAGUCCCAUCUUUAA